UUUCGUCAUUGAUUGGCCAGUGGCGGUGUCCGUCGGCGCAGUGUUGCAGGAAGUCAGGUUGGAGCAUGAAAGCGGGGCUUUGAACCCGAAGUCGUGUGGGAUUCAGUGCCAAUCCACCGAUUAAACAUGACCAGACAAGCAAUGCCGUCGUUUCUGCUGCUGCUGCUGCUGCUGCUGUGUGUGACCGGGCUGCGGGGCAGCACAGAGACCGGCUCAGAGCUCACAGAAUUAACAUCAAACGGUUUUAUCAAAGUAUUGGACUCCGGGAAGGCUUCUUUCAUUUAUUUUGGUAAUGCAGUCAACCCGAGCAUCACCCUGUUCCUCGAGCAGUUAGAGAAAUCGGUGGAGGUGCUGGAGGAUUAUGGCAUCUUGGUUGCUAAGGUGGAUUGUGCCAAGGAGAAAGUACCAACAUAUUGUACAAUUGAAAAAGUCUUAAAGAAAGUGUAUUUAUUCAGGGGUGGGGUGAUGCUCCGAAGUUUCGCCACAGACACUGUUUUUGACGAGAACGCCAUUGUAGCUCACGUGCUGUUUGCUCUUCUGUUCAACGAGGUGAAGUACGUGCAGACACCCGCAGAGCUGCAGAACAUCGAGAAGGCAGUGAAGGGGCGGGCGGACGUGGUGCUGGCUCAUGUUCAGGCACUGGGAACAGCAGAGCACAGGGCAGUGAUGGAAGCCGCUUUUGUCUACGGAGCCGAGUACCAGUUUGUGUUGACGAUGGGAGGGACGGUGCUGCAGCACAUGGGUGUUGAGGAGCCGGGCAAGCUGAGCGCUGGACUCUGGUUCCUCCACUGCAAGCUGGUGUCCGGGAGGUGGGAGCCCUGCCACCACAGCGCCCUGAAGAAGCCCCUGAGCACGGUGCAGAUCUACACCUUCCUCAAACUCAUGGACGCGCCGCUCCUGACGGAAGUCUCUGCAGACCCUGCUGAUGUGAAGACGGUGCACAACCAUCUCCAGCCCCCCGUGCUCUUCCUGUUCACUCAGAGAGAGACGCUCGCACUGGACAGGAGCACGGCUGAGUCUGUCGCCUGGAGACUGAGGGGAGAGGCGGGGGUGGUGCUGGUGCACAGGGAUCACCCGGGGGUGAAUGUUCCUGCAGGACACAACGUGGCAUACCGGCUGCCAGCAGAGGGCUCCCGUGUGAAGUACCUGACCCUGCAGGACAUAGAGGGGGUGGUGAGGCUCUUCACAGAGGGGGACAGGGUGGGGCUGGAGCUGGAGGAGGAGGAGGAGGAGGAGGAGGAGGAAGAGCACUGGUCUGUUUUAGAUAUUUUGGAUGACGAGGUGUCUGAGUCUGUGUACAGAGACAGGAGCGUGAACCUGGAGUCCCACCUUGUGCCGGCACUGACAGCUCAGACAUUCAGCACUGCAGUGGCAGCAGCAGGCCACACGGUAGUGCUCUUCUACAACAGCUGGGAUGCCGUGUCCAUGGCCUUCAUGCAGUCUUACCUUGAAGUAGCCAGCAUGCUGAAAGACGUGGCGGAUGUGUCGCUGGCCCUCGUGAACUGCGGCGACUGGACGGAGGUGUGCACCAAUCAGAACGCCAGCCAGAUUCCCACGGUGAUGCUCUUCAACCCCGGCGAGCGGCCGCGACGCUACAACGGCAUGCUGGGAACAGAGAGCCUGCACAGCUUCAUCAGAUUGAGCAGGAUGCCAGCCCCGCUGCGCUUGUCCUCGGAGGACGAAGCAGAGUCCUUCCUCCGAGGGGACCUGUCCCACAGCCUGUCCCCCCACACCCCAGCGCUGGUCCUGGGCUUGUUCAACUCCAGACUGGAGCCAGGCUGCAUGGCGUUCCAGGAGGCUUGCCUGGCCCUGAGGGGGGAGCUUGUGACUGGUAUCUUCGCUGAACCGCAGGCAUCCCAGUGGUCCCAGCAGUACACUACCUCCCUGCCAGCGCUGAUCCUCUCCAGGACCGCCGACUCUCACAUCCACACCCUCCCCCUCCUGAACUCCAGCACAGAGGAGGUCAUCUCCAUCGUAAAGAGGGCUGCCCUGCACCCGCUUCCGGAGCUGACGGUGUUAAACCUGCCCUCCUAUCUGGAGCUGGGCCGGCCGCUACUCAUCCUGUUUGUGGACAGGGACGACAGUGAGAGCGUCCAUGCGAGACAGGAGCUGAGCACACUGCAGGACAGAGGACAGCUGGACCACUACCUGCCCUGCUGGAUACACCUUGCUCGGACCCCAGCAGGCAGGGCUGUGUUGGAGUCGCUCCUGGGCUCUGUCCCCCAUCUCCCUGCCCUGGUCCUUUCUCAGCUCGGCUCCGAGGGAGAGGUCUUCCUGUUCCAAGCACAACGCCCCCUACUGGCUGAGACAGUGCAGCGCUGGCUGAGCAGAGUGCAGAGCAAGGAGGAGGAACCCUCUGGGGUGCUGUCGGAUGAGCAGUGGGGUCCCCCGGUCCCCCUCUUUGAUUUCCUGGCUGUGAUGGACGAGGCAGUGCCAGGCUUUGCUGCCCAGAGGACUGAGGAUGAGGAGGAGGAGGAGGAAGGGGAAGGGGAAGGGGAAGGGGAAGGGGAAAGAGAGAGAGUGGACCCAGACCCAGACCCAGAUCCAGACCCAGACCCAGAGUCCAGCCCGCCAGUCUCCACAGUGCAGCCUCCCCAGCGAUCAGACCCACCCCAGCACCCCCACACCGAGCUCUAACUGCACACUGCGGACAGCUCCAUUCACCCACACACCAACACCAAAUCCAUAUUAAAACACAGCCCAGCUGCUCUACCAGCCAGCGUCAUCCAGGACCUCCUUUGGAAAUGAGGUGCCGGUGGGUUCUCAUCCUGGUUAAAUACCGGAUUAAAUCAAACUGAACAUAACUGACAGCACGCCAGAUUCUGUUUAGUUAUUCCUGUAUUGUUGCAAAGUACUGGUAUUUCAGACGAGCCUUAGUUUCGAUGAGUUGUAUAGAGCUCCAGCUGAUUGCUGAUCAGGUGAUGCAAAGGAAAGAUAAGAAACUGAAUGUGUGUGUACCAGGGGGUUUCAGUGGACUGUGUUUGAGGUGGCAGGCCCUUGACAACCACUGCACUGAAAUGAAUACAUGAACACACGGUGGGGAACAAGACUGCAAAAAAACACACAAAAAAACAACCAAGAACACCACCAUGAGAUGGCGCUGGUGCAGUGAUUGCCCUGCUGUUUCGUCACUCACAGCCUGUAGACGAGAGUCAAGUUUUCUGCCGUGCAGAGCAGGUGUGACAGCAGCAGCCUCUGAAUUAGGGUCCGGGUUGCUACACAGGCAUCGCAGUGCCAUAUUUUUACAGUAACUUUACCUUAAUAUUCACUUAAUAAAACUAUUUGUAGAUUAAUUCUAGUGUGUAUUUAUAGUGUAUAGGUACAUCAUUAACAGAUUUUACACUAAUAUUGAACAGCUUUUACCGUAGUGUGAAAAAACUGAUAAAACCAUGUCAAUAUCAUGAUAAAUCUACCGUCAUUGUGCACAAAACUGCCUGUUAGCCAAUGCGAUCUUGAACACGUUUUGUGAAGCGUUUGCAGAGAUAUUCCACCUGGAUCCGAGUGACUUGCAUUACAGCCACCUGGUAUGAAGAGCGUGGGACAGGGCAGUGUUUACUGCGAGAUCUUGUUUCCUGAAACCUUUCCAUCCAGAAAAGAGAUAUUAAAUUCAGGUUGGCUCGUAGGCUGCCAAAGGGAAAGAAAGAUCAUAUCCUGCUGCCUGUAGAGACUGGGAAAAGAAAUAGGUUUCCUUAACUCUUUCAGGGCUGCAGCUUGAGCUCAGCGGAGCACUGCCCUCUCUGCGGAGAGGAGCGCUCAGCUUUUCCAUGCUGACUGUGAAGCAAUGCAAUCGAAUCGAAUGGCUGCCACGCUAGGAGAGGUGGAUAUAUGGUAUGAUAUAUUCUGUGUAUUGGAAACUGUUAUUUAGUGUUUUGUAAAUAAACCAUUGUCUAAAAAUAUCAUAA